AUGACCGGCGAGAAUGAUUCACUGAAGCCCACUUUGGCCAAUUGGCCCUGCACCUUGCCACUGUUUGAUUUCAGUCAAGUGCCUACGCGGCGGCUGCUACCGGAAUAUCCCACACACGAAGCUCAGAUCUUCCUACCCAGUGGAACGGUGGCUGCCUUCCGUUCUCUGGUGCGCCAGAUGGGUGCUACCGAGUUCCAUGGUCACUUAGCGAUACUGCAAGCCCUUUUGGCACGGCUCCUGGAAAUCCGCGAGGGCUGCAUCGGAGUCGCAGAGCCUCAACGUGGAGGUCGAAAAGAAGUCCAACCGCUUCCCCAUUGCUUCAACAUCGCACCUCAAGACACAAUUAACGAGGUCAUCCACCGAGCCUGUCGGACUACCCUGGAAACCCUGAAGUAUGGGCCUGGGAGGGUGAACGAUCUUCUCUGCCUCUAUUCAAGGACACACUCGACUCCUGAACACCCACUAUUUCAGGUGCAACUGAUCUAUCAAGAUCACCAUGCUGGCAGCCUCUCUAAUAUUUCUAUUCAAGGUGAUGCUGCAGCUCCCUGCGAUCUCGUUCUAUACCUGACUCGGCAGCCUGAUGGAAUUGCCAGCAUCACCCUUCGCUCCCCAACGUAUUUGUACUCACACGAAAGUCUACAUUUCCUCCUACGAGCUUACAUGCGCCUCUUCGAGUCUUGUGUAAGAGAUCCGCAAAUGCCAAUUGCACAGCAGUGUUUAUACGACGAGAACGACGUUAUGGCCGGGCUGGUUUUCGGGAGAGGGCCCCGUCUGGAUAUCACCGAUCCGGCCACAAUUUCGAAGCGAAUCGAGCAAAUGUCGAUCGCGAGCCCUGGAGUGGUUGCCGUCAAGGAUGCGGACGGGAACAGCAUCACAUACAAGCAGAUGCAGCAGCACAUUCAACGCGCAGCAGCCGUCCUUCGCAUGAAUGGGGUUCAAGCCCAGGGCUAUGUCGCCGUAUGUUGCGAACCGACCCUACAUUCCGUCUGUCAUCUCUUGGCGAUAUGGCGCAUCAAUGCCAUAUAUGUACCGCUCGAUCCGCAGAAUCCCUUCUCUCGACUCCAACUGAUUUUGGACGACUGCCAACCCGCAGCGAUCAUAUACCACGCCCCAACUGAAUCGGUCAUUCGGCGACUGAAUCUCCAUUCAAGUACUCCGGUCUCCAUCGCCGAGAUUGGCCGUGCCCAAACCCAGGCGUAUUCGGACGUGUCCCAGUGCGAAUCUGCAGCUUGUGUUCUUUAUACUAGCGGAUCCACCGGAACUCCCAAGGGAAUCCUGCUCACGCAUGCCAAUCUGCUGCAUCAGAUUCUGGGGGUGCGCCAUCGGUUUCGGAUAGGCUGUGAAAUUGCGCUCCAACAAAGCUCACUUGGAUUCGAUGUCUCUCUCGAUCAGAUGCUUCAGCCUCUGGUGGGGGGCGGCUCAUUGAUUGUUGCCCCGCGCCGUCUACGUGGAGAUGCUAUUGCGCUUUCUCGGCUGAUGCUGGCCGAGAACGUCACCUACACUUACGCCACACCGUCGGAAUAUAUGAUGUUGCUGCGGUACGGAUCGGAUGCUCUGCACCAGCUGUCCUCCUGGAGGACUGCCUUUGUGGGAGGUGAAGCUUUGCCACGACAUCUCAUUGAGUUAUUCCACGCCCUGCGGCGACCUGGCUUGCGGCUCAUCAAUCGGUAUGGACCAACCGAGAUCUCGAUUUCGAGCUCAUGUCUUGCGAUCGAUACUUUCGGUCCUGCCUGCAUCGAUCUGCAACCCAUCAGUGUCGGGUGGACCCUGCCCAACUACUCGACAUAUAUCUUCGACCUCGAUGGUGCGCCACUGCCCGUAGGGUUCACUGGGGAGAUUGUCGUCAGUGGUCCGGGAGUGGCCAGGGGAUAUCUACACAAAGAUGCCCUGACCAAGCAGAGGUUCCGACCGGAUCCUUUCGUGGACGCCCCAGACAAGAGUCGCGGUUGCACCAUGUAUUGGACCGGUGAUAAAGGCCGUCUGCUCCCUACUGGGGAGCUUGUGUAUCUCGGACGCAUCGGCGGCGAUCAUCAAGUCAAGCUGCGUGGCUACCGCAUCGAACUUGACGACAUUUCCAACACGAUUCUGAACUCUGCAGAAGGACGGCUCGCAGAGGCCGUGGUCUCUGUGCGCGGCUUGCACGACGCCGAAGGGGAUCGUCGCUUUCUGACGGCGUUUGUCGUCCCUGUCUGCACGCAGGAACUCGCGGCCGUGAACGAGAUGCUGCAGUUCCUCGACGAGCUCGUUGCCAACCUUCCUCUGCCGCCGUACAUGCUACCUCAAGUCAUCGUCCCAGUCGAUGGCCUGCCCCGAAACCCCAAUGGCAAGCUAGAUCGACGGGCAGUCGACCAACUACCAUUGCCCUCCAAGAGGCAGCAUGCCAUGUCUCCCACGAUUUCAGAUUCCGAACGCUUCGUCAUCUGGAUCUGGGAGCAGUGCUUGGAUCAAUCCGCCCAGACAGCCGUCUGGAGCCCAACGACGGACUUUUUCCAAGCUGGGGGAAACUCCUUGUUGAUGGUGAAGGUGCAAGCUUUCUUGCAGCAACACCUGAAGCGAUCGGUCCCUUUGUCCACGCUUUUCCAGUCCAGCACGAUAGAAGACAUGGCCGCGUUGCUGACCGGUGCGCCAACUCCGCCACCCGAGUCCAACAUUGAUUGGGAGCAGGAAACCCUGCCCGGGCUGGAAGAGAAGUACAUCUGCGACGGGAGGAGCCCCCAGCUCGGUCCUCUCCACGCAGAGGGAGGCAUCGAGGUGUGUCUGACCGGCGCAACCGGGUUUCUCGGCUCUGCACUCCUGCGAUGCCUGGCGGCGGACCCUCACGUGGCGCGCAUUCAUUGCAUCCAUCGCCUUACGCCGCCGUCGGUCGCAUCCGCCGCGGGCACGGCCAAGGUGGUCCGCUACAAGGGGGAUCUCACAGCGCCCAGACUGGGUCUCGACCGGGUGUGUUGGCAGGAGCUGGCUUCGCGAGUCGACCUGAUCAUCCACAACGGCGCCGACGUCUCGUUCUUGAAGUCGUACCGGUCCCUACACCCGGCCAACGUGCAGUCCACCCGCCACCUCGCCUGCAUGGCCCUACGGCGUCAAAUCCCGCUCCACUUCGUCUCCACAGCCGAUGUGGCCCAGUUGACCGACCUGGACUCCCUACCCCCUCAGUCGGUGGCGCACUGCCUGCCUCCCGCGGAUGGCGCAGACAGCGGCUACGUGGCUUCGAAGUGGGCGAGCGAGGUCUAUCUGGAGAAGUGCGCGGCUCGGUUCCAGCUCCCCUGCGCCAUCCAUCGGCCGACCAACAUCGUCGGUGAAGGCAUGCACGGCACCGAUUUCAUGCAGGGUCUCAUCCAGUGGUCCUUGCGCACACUCCAGCUCCCAGCCCUCCCCCACUGGACGGGGUUCUUCGACUUUGUGUCCGUCACGGACGUGGCGGCGGAGAUCACGAAGGCCGCUUUGCGGAGCCCGGAGGACCGAGGCAAACGCCCCGAGAUGAACGAGUCGCCCACCUUCCAUCAUCACGCCAGCACCACCCCGGUACCCGUGGCUCGGUUUCGGGAGUUCCUGGAAGAACGCUUCCGUGCGCCCCUGCGGACGGUGGACGCAGAUACUUGGUUAGAGCAAGCGCGUAAAGAAGGCUUGUCCGGUCUACUGGAGAGCGUGGUGGCUGCGACGCUCACGGACCCUAAACCACAUCGUAUGCCUCGCAUGCUGCGCGAGUAA